AUGAAUCAUUAUCCCCAGGAGAUGGUGGCUCAACCGGCACCACUUCUAUUCGUACAGGGGUUGGUGGCCUCUACUGGCUCAAAUACGGAAAUUAAACUAUUAUUGGGAUCGAAGAUAGUUCAAUUGACUAAUUCUCAAGGACUUAUGGUUCCAAGAUCCUACCCAGUUGUGAACAGUAGUCACAUUGGGGCUGAGCUAGAAACCCAAUUACUCAAGUUCAAUGUUGAUGGAAUCUGGGACAAUGACAUUUAUCAGAAGUCUCAAAGACGAGUGUUUAAUAAGUAUCGCAUCCGCUUUGUUGGCAAUUCGGUAAAGCUUCCUCCUAGAAAAGAAGUGCAUGAAGAGCCGUCUAUAUUGUCUCCUUUUCACCAUGAAAGUGAUCUUUACCCAGAUGGGAUCAUUAGUAGAGAAUGGAUGAUCAAAUAUCUUCACCUGCUACCGGCAGUUUUCAUUGGUGUUUAUGAGCUAAAGUCGUUUGAAUCGCAAGAGGAUGCCACGGAGUCUGAUUCAAUCUUAAUUGACGAGUUACGCAUUAUUAUGGACUUUUUCGCAGCUUCAAGAACUUCAUUUGUUCCUGUUAUACUCCAUGAAAACUCAACACUGGGUGUGAAUAGGGUUAAUGUGAUACAAAUGAGCAUCAAAGACGUAAAAUUUUACAGAACUUCUGGUGAUGACUGUGGUACAUUUGUAUCCAAUAUCCUGACGUCCGUAGAAAGCAAUUGCUUGGAUUUUUACAAUGCUAUGGAUAAACGUUUGAGAAAAAAACAGAAUGCUGGUCUUUCUGAGAUUCCAUACCGAGGAGCUUACAAAGAGACGGCAUUGAUGGCUAGGCAUUCUUUUAAGAUGAAUAUAGUUCAGCAGUUCAAGACACAAUUUCAACAAUGUGUCAAGUUUUUGGAACAUGGUUACGAAAAUAUCAUAGAAUUGAUGAAAAGUAUCACCCUCAAUUCUUCAUCCUGGAUGCAAUUUCGCCAGUUGCUGGAUAUCAUCACCAUUCACAUUUGCAGAGCAUAUUUGCUCCUCAGGGAGGCUAAUAUAGCUUACAAAAAGUUCGACAUUCAUCUACAAAAUGUAGUGUCAAUACUCAACAGGUUUUAUCUCAGUCCCGAUGCGUCAUCUACUCUAUCAUGGAAAACAAUUCAAUUACAAUGGUUAGCUGAAUUAUGUGACAAAUGUCCCAAAGAACUUGUGCCUACGGAUAGAACCUUGGCGCCUUUGAAGUAUCUCAAAAGCGGCAUGACCAAAUACACACUAUCCUCCUUGAGACUUCCCAAUACUGCAUUCCUGUAUACCUCAGCCGCAAAGAUGAAGCAGCGAUACAGGCAGAGCAUUUACACAGGCUCCACCCCGAUCAAAGAUGAGUACCUUCAGCUAGAUGAAACGUCUCUGCAGAUUUCCGAGUACAUUAUUCAAUCUUUAAAUCGAGCUGUUCGAUCCCUAACUAGCUCUUCGGUUCCGUUUCCAAGGAUAGAAGGUUCCAUUUACUUUCGUCUGGGCGAAGAGUACUUUCAAACCAAUAAUUAUGCCAUGUCUUCGAGUAACUUUAAAUUAGCCCUGAUUUCUUUAGAGAGAGAGAAGUGGCAUCAUUUGACUAGCGUCGUGUUCUGGAGGCUGUACCAGUGCUCUCUACAAUUGAAAAAGCCUCAUGAUGGGCUCAAAUACCUUCUCAUUCUACUUACAAUAGAGCCUGUGUACGUGGAGAAGCAAGUAUCGGCGCUCCUGAAAUUUUGCGACUGGUCUGUAUUCGACUGCACAACUUUUGAGUAUAACUAUGCUGAUAUCCCCUUAGCAAAUGCGGAGGUCUGGUUCGAUCGACCAGUAGCUAAUUUAGGACAAAAAAUCGCAUGUUACUUAAGAAUCAAACCAGCAUUGAAAUGUGAGCACUUUCUAAAUCCAACCAUUAACUCGAUUUAUUGCAAAGCUGGUGGAGAAGCUAAAAUUGUUUCUGGACCUUUUGAAUUUAGUGAUGACCUUUUUCAAACUAUUCGUUUCACCUUUGAUCAACCAACGAAAGUCGGUUUUGAAUUGCUUGUAUUAGAAAUAUCUUUAAAGCCUAGUUUUUCGAUAAAAUUUUCUUUGAACGCUGAACAAGUUGAAAAUGCUCCGAAUGUUGUCACCAUUGUUCCUACGAUUCCAGAUGUAGAAUUGACAAUUGACACUACUGGUCCGUUGUUUUCCUCUCAGAAAUAUGAUGCAUUUGUGGUUUAUAAAAAUCUUGAGAAUGAAGAGUUGAAGAUCAAAGUUGAGGCCUCUGUUAAUAACUCCAUAAUAAAACUCUCUGAUGCUAAUUCUCAGAUUGAGCUAGCACCAUUGGGGCAGGUGUCUAGAACAAUUAAAUUCACCGCGCCAGCCAAAGAUGGUGAAAGUUCUUUAGAUCUGAUUCUUUUACACGAUCACGGAGCUUUGGUACAAAAGAAGAUACCAUUCCAGGUAAUCAAUCCUUUUCUUUGCCAGUUCCACAUCUUACCUUUGCCAAACUAUGAAAUCAAAACUGAAAUACCAGACCACAUGAUCCAAGAGUUCACACUCACAGAAUCUACAAGAAAAUGGUGCUUAGAAUCUAAGAUUCAAAAUUCUUGCGAAAAGAGUCUAAUGCUGGGUGAAAGUAAUGUUUCCACAUUGACCGAAAAUGCAUCUUUUGCAAAAUUACCUGAAGGUUCUGACAUGAACUUGGCAUACCAGGGGCGUAUUCUAGAAAAUAGACAACAGGUGACAUAUUACCAUCAUUUUACCACCAAUAGAUUAGUUACUGCUCAGGGAGUGUUACCUCUCCAGCUACAACUCAAUCUAAAGUUUAAACCCUGUGAAGAGAGUAGUAGUCGUGAAUUCGAGUUUGUGUCCGCAGUAUGUCAACAAAGCGUAACGCUAUCAGACCCUCGUUUGCUGCUCAACAUCGUGAAAAUAAGUGAGACAACCUUGAUCGUCAAAUACAUCAUCGAGAAUCCAGGAGAAGUAGCUCUCCAAUUCAUUACAAGACUCAUUCAUAGUGUUGACAUUCACCUCCGAGAUGCCUAUCACACACGCGACUUCACUGUCCCUCCAAAAACAAGAGUAGAGAUUAAUUUUGUUGGAGACUUAAACGAGGAUAAUGUGGAUGGAUUCGUUAAGAUUCCGCGACUGGUGGUCUAUGAUAGAGUCUAUCAAGUCUACCUUUCGAUAUUGGUAGCAACACUGGGAUUAAGUACGGCCUCAAAUGGAGAUUUUCUGAUGUUCUCUAAGACAGGGGAAAACAUAGAUGAAUAG